CUUUUGAUCAGUCUCUCUCUAUAUAUAAGUGGAUGAUUUUAAGCUUGAACUAUAGUGCAAAGGUUACUUCAGCUAAGUAACAAGGACUUCGAGAGCUAUUAGCCAUGGCUAUCUCCAAACUGAUUCUUGUUGCUAUGGUGUUUUUCUCUCUACUAGUUGUUCAUCUUGUGGAAGCUGGCAACCAAGUUUUGGUGAACACGGAUGCAACAGAGAGUUUCUACACCCCAAAAUUAGAUUGUGGAGCAGCCUGUGAGGCAAGAUGCCGUCUAGCAUCGAGGCAGAAAAUAUGCAAGAGAGCAUGUGGGACUUGCUGCGCGCGUUGUAACUGUGUGCCACCUGGCACUUCUGGUAACCAAGAGCUGUGCCCCUGCUACUUUGCCAUGACAACCCAUGGAGGCAAGCGCAAGUGCCCCUGAAUAUAUAUAAGGACUUUAACAAAUAUGUAUAAAUAUUAGAGUUUACAUUUACGAAUACUUUCCUGUCUAAAUAUGUAUGCUUGCUAGGUUGAUCACUCGUCUAUGUAUCGUUGUAUAUGUAGCUCGAUCUGUAGCAUUAAGGGGUAUGGCUUAUAUAUAAGAUGAGAACCUUUUGGACGUA